AAGCUGAGUUGUUGACAUUCACCCAGAGGAUAUCAAGCGGAACGGUCCAAAAUGGGGAAGUUGUCCUUGCUUCAGCUGAUAGUCUCAAUCAUGGUUGCAUUAGCACUGGCACACGAUACUGGCAACUACACAAUGAACAAGCGGGAAAAGCGGGAGCUGCUUGUGCGUUCCAAAAGAAGGUGGGUCCUGUCCACCAUUGAGCUAGUGGAGGAGGACCCUGGACCUUUUCCCAAGAUAGCCACACAGAUGUUCAACGAUAGAACACCAAUGCUCAUAAACAACUACCAGUUCCGUAUUAGUGGAACCGGAGUGACCGAGGAACCGAUGGGCGUGUUCUCCAUCGGCGAAACAGACGGAGUGGUUUCUGUACACAAGCCCAUCGACAGGGAGACAUACCCCUUCUUUCACAUUAAUUUUGACAUCAUGGACAAGGAGACUGGUAAUCCCGUGGACAGGACUCUGGGGUUCGACGUGGCGAUUAAGGACAUCAAUGACAAUGAGCCUUACUUUGAGAACCUUGUCACGAAAGCCAGUGUGAAAGAAAGUUUACCAGAGGGCUAUCUGCCAGUGCCUCUGAUAGUCAAGGACAGGGAUGAGGCGAACACAGAGAACUCCGCCAUCAGUUUAAGGGUGUUGUCUCAGGAGCCAGCUGAGCCCCAGAUCAAAUUGAAGCAGGUGGAGGGCACCAAGAUGAGCCAGCUCACCUUCACCGGCUGCUUCGACUACGACAAAGUAAAGAUGUAUAAAGUGACUGUUGAAGCCAAGGAUCAUGGGAAACCAGCCCUGUCCUCAACUGCAGUGGUCAACCUUCACAUAAUGGACUCCAACACUCACCAGCCAGUGUUCAAAAACAAGACUUACAAUACUCAGGUUAUGGAGAUGGAGUCCAAUCGGGAGAUACUCCGAGUGGCUGUGACUGACGCAGACACCCCCAACACCCCCGCAUGGCGGGCUGUUUACUCCAUUGUGAAGGGGAACGAGGAAGGGAACUAUAAGAUUGAGACCGACCCCAAGACCAACGAGGGUAUACUGACUGUCAUCAAGGGGAAGGAUUUUGAGAAGACGACGGUGACCAACGUGGAGAUCGCCGUGGAGAACGAGGAGCCUCUGUUUGUGUGUGGCUCAGGAGGGCCCAACUCCCCUAAAACCCUGACCGCGCUCCCCCAAAGAGUGAACGUGGCGGUGAAGGUGAUUGACGUGAACGACCCCCCGGAGUUUGACAAAAAGGUGGUAGACGUGUACGUGAAGGAGGAGGAGGUGACAGGGAAGGUGCUGUACACGCCCAAGGUCACUGACGUAGACUCAGAUGUGGGAAAAAUCAGGUAUGAGUUAGUUGAGGACCCAGCAGGCUGGGUCACCAUAGAUAACAAGACAGGAGCGGUUACCACAGUGAAGAAGAUGGACCGGGAGUCACCUCACGUCAACAAAGACAACAUAUACACUAUCCUAAUCCAUGCCAUAGAUGACGGCAAACCUCCUGCCACAGCUACAGGUACCAUUCUGGUUCACCUGGGGGAUAUCAAUGAUAACAUACCCUCUUUGGUGGAGAAGGAGUUGGUCAUGUGUGGUAACAAAGUGAUUGUGCCAGUAGAAGACAAGGACAAACCUCCCUUUGGAUGCCCCUGUUCCUUCUCCCUGGGAGUGGACAAUGGAGACAAAACACUGAAGAGCCACUGGAAACUGGACCCUGCCAAUGGUAUGGAGGCGGGUCUGGUCAGUCUGAAGACCCUGCCGUACGGUAACUACACGGUGCCUCUGGUGAUCCUCGACCAGCAAAGCCAGGAGGCACAUGACAUUGUCCAGGUGAUAGUGUGUGACUGUGGGAAAGGAGACAAGUGUAGGGCCUCUCUCCCCCGGAGCUCCAGCCUGGGCCCUGCCGCUAUAGGACUACUGCUGGCUGGACUGCUGCUCCUCUUACUGCUACUGCUUUUCCUCCUGCUGUGUGAGUGUGGUGGUAAGACGUUCACACACCUCCCCCUCAACCUGCAAGAAGAGGGCAACCAGACUCUCAUCAAAUACAAUGAGGAGGCAGGGGGCAGUGCAUGCAAGGGUGAGCCCAUGUUGAUCCUGACCCCCACCACUCCUAACAGGGAAGUGAUAGAUGGAAUGAAGCAGGCCACCCCAGGCAUACCGUUUACUCAGAAGACUAAUGAGAUGACCCAAGAGACCAAUGAGAUGUACAGAACCACAGGGAGGACCAUUGUCACCCAGGUGUCCUCGUCAGGAGAGGGAGGGUUCUCAGGAGGGGGAACAUUCCAGAGAAUGGGCGAGGCCAACGGAACUCUGAGAAGCCAGGGUGGGCGGGGCAUGUACCAGACUACAAGCAGGAACAAUACCAUGAGGAGUAACUCUUCGAGGUAUUCCCGUUCCUUCGGCUUGCUGUCAAACCAGCACAUCUCAGAGCACAUAGACCGGAAGCUGCAUAUGAUUGGAGACGAGGUGGACUACCAACCCUACGGGUAUGGCUACGAGGGGACAGGCAGCAAGUGUCAGUCACUGGACGAGCUGUCGCUAAACAAUCUAGAUGACAACCUGGAGUUCCUGGGGGACCUGGGGUCAAAGUUCAACACCUUGGGGGGCAUCUGUCGGAAGGACAUGCAGGAGAGGAACAUCAGGCUGUAGACACGCACACACAUGAACACAAACACAAACACAAACACACACAACUGGCUGGACUGGGACUGGAGAUGGUUCUAACGGAACUGCUCUACGACACUGAUAGGGUGAGAGCCAUCAGCUGGAGAAGAGGACACAGUUACACCAAACAUCGUCCAUUGAGAUUCUGGAUCAUGCUUUGUGUCAUAUAUGACAGAGGGAAAAAAAUACCGACCAAAACCAAGCUGGAUUGGCUUUUACCCACACAAGGAGGAACUGGGAGAGACACUUUGAUGUUUUGGAUGUCUGAAGACACAAUGAAUCACUGCACUGAAUAAACCACAUCAUGCUCGGAUGAAUUUAUGUUUUGACAGGGCCGAGGUGUGUUUGUAUGGUGAUUGUUUUGCAGUGGUGUAAAGUAAGUACUUGAGCAUAAAUACUUUAUAGUACUUUACUAUUUAUAUUUUUGACAACUUUUAUUUUUACUCUAAUACAUUACUAAAGAAAAUAACUCAUUACAUUUUGUACGCAUUACAUUUUGAAUGCUUGGCAGGACAGGAACAUUUUCCAAUUCACACAAUUGUCAAGAGAACAUCCCUGGUCAUCGAUAGGGCCUUUAAUCUGGCAACCUCACUAAACACAAAUGCUUUGUUUGUAAAUAAUGUCUGAGUGUUGGAGUGUACCCCUGGCUAUCCGUACAUUUUACUGGGUGACUUUCACGUUUACUUGAGUACUUUUUUAUUAAGGUAUCUUUACUUUUGCUCAAGUAUUACAAUUGGGUACUUUUCCACCACUGUUGUUUAGUUGUUUAAUGUGUUUUUUUAUCAUCACGCUUCACAGUACUUUUCAGCAGCAGCUUAUCACCUCUUGAUCUACGAGCUAUGCCAGAAUGGGAUAACUUCGAUGCCAACACUUGAAUGGAAACGUCAACAUCACCUCUGUGGGAGUUUUACUAUUGUGCGAAUGAUAAUUCAUAACCUCUCUCUGUUUAGGAUAAUGAUUUACACAUGUUGCUUUCAACUAAUUUCUUGACCUCGAUGCAGUAGAAUCCAACACGAUAUCUGGUGGUAUAGAAUUGGGACACAGCAGAUUCAGGAGAACAAUUGAUAGCUAUUUUGGAAUCAUCACCUAUCUGCAGAAAAGUGACAAUGCCUAACCAUGGCUAAUCUGAGAGCCUGGAACCAGUGUGUGCCCUGCCCUCACCAAACCUUUAAGAGCAAUCAAAGCUGAGCUGUUGUGUAUCCUAAACAUAGCGUAAAGGUUCACUGUAUAAUACUAGACUUGGUUUCCUUCACUUUUGCGCACUGGUCUUUUUUUUCUUCUCUUUGCUUCUCUUUUACUCCCUGCUAACGUCCACUAUGCCACUUUUGUAUCAAUAGUCAAUAUAUCAAAAUGUUUUUGUUUAUAUUUCAAAUUUGAUUAAAGUAUGCGCGUCAUGGAAA